ACUACAAUACCAACAACAACCGAAGUGGAAACGUGCCUGUACGCUCACAAAGCCACUUCAUCAAAAGAAAAAUCAAAUAUCAACAACGAACAAUUUGCAAAAAAAAGUGACGUUUGCCAAGCCGGAGUUUGGGAAAUACCUCGSGAACCGGCGGCACACAAACACCACACACGAGCACAUGGCUGCAUGCGCAGAGCGCCGCUGAAAUAACAUACGUUAGCCUCUUCAACUGCCGAUCGUUCAGUGACCUUCCUUCCGCGCUGUCUUCAUGUUGCGCAGUUUGCUUUUGCUUUUGGCCGAUACCUGCGAAAUUGCUUUCUGUACUUCUCGCUGCACCUGAACUACCGACGACAUGUCCAAUUGGGAGUCAUUAUAUAACCGCCCCGGUCCGAAUCGCUUGCUGCCAGCCGAGUCAUAUCGUACUAGCGAUCCGACGGAGCCAGUGAAGAUUCGUAGAUCCACUGAGGGCCUCUCAGCUGAGGAGCCGAUUUCCGUACCCGGUGUCUUGAAGCGUACAGUUAAUAAUUAUGGUGAUUAUCCAGCGCUGCGCACGAAAAAUGAGAACAAGGAAUACGAAACCGUUACUUACAGGCAAUAUGAACAAAAAGUGCAUCAAGUCGCCAAAGCGUUCAUCAAGCUCGGUCUGGAGCCGCACCACUCAGUGGGUGUGCUAUCCUUCAAUUGCGCCGAAUGGUUUUACUCGGCGAUGGGCGCCAUACACGCCGGUGGUAUUAUCGCCGGUAUUUACACGACCAACUCAGCGGAAGCUUGUCUGCAUGUUUUGGAGAAUUCGCGUGCACAAAUUGUGGUGGUCGACGAAUCCAAGCAAAUGGAUAAGAUUAAAGAGAUUAGAGACAAAUUGCCACAUCUGAAGGCGGCUAUUCAAAUUCAGGAACCAUAUGCGCUUUACAUGAAGAAGGAAGAUGGCUACUACAGGUGGUCCGAAAUUGAGGCGAUGGCUGUUGCGGAUGUCGAAAAUGAGUAUCAGAAACGUCUGGCACAUAUCGCUGUAAACCAAUGUUGCUGUCUGGUGUACACUUCUGGUACCGUGGGCAUGCCGAAGGGUGUUAUGCUUAGCCAUGACAACCUCAUCUUUAAUACACGCGCCAUCAUGAAGUCGCUAUACAAUGUUACAGCCGGCUCUGAGGUGGUCGUAUCCUAUCUGCCACUCUCCCAUGUGGCCGCACAGACUGUUGAUAUCUACACAGUGGCUUCCAUAGGCGGUUGCAUCUAUUUCGCCGACAAGGAUGCGUUGAAGGGUACACUCGUGAAGACGUUGCAAGAUGCGCGUCCCACAAGAUUUAUGGGAGUUCCGCGUGUCUAUGAAAAAUUCCAGGAACGCAUGGUGGCCAUUGGCUCCUCCAACGGCGGUUUGAAAAAAAUGCUCGCCAGCUGGGCUAAGGGUGUAACAUUGCGUCACUACAUGGAGACUCAUGGCAAGGGUCCCGGUGGUUUCGGUUAUAACCUCGCUAAGAAGUUGGUUAUGUCCAAGGUGAAGCAUGCGCUCGGCUUUGAUCGGUGCAUAACUCACGUCACUGCUGCGGCACCCAUGUCACCCGAGACGAAGAAAUAUUUCCUCAGCUUGGACAUGAAACUUUUGGAUGCCUUCGGAAUGUCUGAAGUGGGCGGUUGCCACACGUUAUGUCUGCCUGAUACACAGCCGUUGAACUCGAUCGGUAAAACAAUGGCCGGUUGCGAGACUAAGAUUAUCAACAAGGAUGAAAAUGGUCAUGGUGAGAUCUGCAUACGCGGCCGUCACGUUUUCAUGGGCUACAUUUACAACCAGGAGAAAACCGAUGAGGCGCUGGACGAAGACUGUUGGCUGCAUUCCGGCGAUGUUGGCUACAUCGAUGACAAAGGCUACGUUUACAUAACCGGACGUUCCAAGGAGAUUAUCAUUACUGCUGGUGGUGAGAACAUUCCACCGGUGCAUAUUGAGAAUUUGAUCAAGAAGGAAUUGGAUGGCAUUGCGAAUGCCUUCUUGGUGGGUGAGCAGCGCAAGUACCUGACCGUGUUGCUAACAAUCAAGACCGAAAUGGAUCGUGAAACUGGUGCACCACUCGACGACCUCACUCACGAGUCGCUCACUUGGGUGAAGAGUUUGGGUGUUGAACACAAAACGCUGAGUGAAAUUCUGAAGGCCGGCCCUUGUCCCAAGGUGUGGAAAUCCAUCGAAGACGGCAUCAAGCGCGCCAACAAGCACGCCAUUUCCAAUGCGCAGAAGGUACAGAAAUUCACAAUCCUGCCACAUGACUUUUCCAUUCCCACGGGUGAAUUGGGGCCCACUUUGAAGGUGAAACGCAAUGUUGUCGCCAAACAGUAUGCCGAUGUCAUCGAGGCUCUUUAUGCCUAAUUGCGGCUGCUGGAACUUUCCAAAGCRCUCUGCGUUGUACAACCGAGGCUGUUCGUAAUUCCUAUAAUUUUGCUGAAAUCAUAGAAAUGUAGUUAGUUAAUGGAAUAACAAAUAUACAUAUAUAUAUAGCUAAAUUACUAACAGAAAGGUAGCAAACAAAGUGAGAACAAAGUGUUGCCUAGGCAACCAGCCUGUAGAGUUUAACAAAUAACAUACUCUAAUGACUUAAAUUAAGUUCGGUAGAUAAAAAAU